AUGUCACCCGACUCAGGCACCCCUUACCUCCCCGCCCCCUUCACAACCUCCCCCACCCCCCUAACCCUAAUAACGCGCGGCGCAGAAGCCGCCCUCUACAAGACCACCUUCCUCACCCCCCACCAACCCUGCGCGCUCAAAAUCCGGCCCCCGAAACCCUGGCGCCACCCGACUCUCGACGCCCGCCUGACGCGCCAGCGCAUCCUCGCGGAAGCGCGGGCGCUGGUGAAGUGCGGGCGGGAGGGCGUGAGGGUCCCGCAAGUGUUGGGGAUGAGUUGGGAGGAGGGGUGGGUUGCGCUGGAGUGGAUUGCGGGGCGGACGGUGAAGGAUGUUAUUUGGGGGUGGAGGGCUGAGGGGGCGGAGAAGGGGGAUGCUUGGUUGAGAGGGUUGUUGGGGAAGGUCGGGAGGGCGGUUGGGUUAUUGCAUUCGAUUGGGGUUGUGCAUGGGGAUUUGACGAGUAGCAAUAUGAUUGUGGAAGAGCAGGGGAGCACGGCGGGGGAAGGGGAGAUUGUGCUGAUUGAUUUCGGGCUCGCGACGCAGGCUGUGCAGGAGGAGGAUCGUGCGGUCGACUUGUAUGUGCUGGAGCGCGCUUUUGGCUCCACGCAUCCGCGCGAAGAGGCGCUUUUUGGCGUUGUGCUGGAGGCGUAUGCGGGGAGUUAUAAGGGGGCCAAGGCGACGUUGAAGAGGCUGGAGGAUGUAAGGAUGAGGGGGAGGAAGAAGAGCAUGAUUGGGUGA